UGAUACGCACUGGGUUUCGAGCAGCCAGAAACACUAGAGAGGGUCGCUGCUCAUUGCGGUAAAACAAAGAUUGUAGUAAAACUCUGAAGACAGAAGGAGUUUCUUUCUACACAGACGUUGCUGCUGUUCACACCAGGCCAGGAUACUAUUCAUUCAAAAGGUGAUUGUUGAAUCCAGAGAUGAAUUUCGAGCAGCCCCCUCCGUACCCAGGCCCCACUGCUCCAGGCUACCCAGCCCAGGGCCCGCCUCCACAAGGCUACCCACCUCAGGGUUAUCCUCCACAGGGAUACCCUGUGAACAUGGAGCAGCCUAACGCAGCGUAUCCUAACUACCCCGAUGGACAGAUGGGUCCCGGAGGUCCUUAUCCUGGCCCAGGACAGCCUCCCUAUGGGUACCCCGGACAACCACAACCACAGUUUGGCUGGCAGGGGGGACCCCCUCAAGGGCCCAUGUACGGGGAAGCUCCCAAAAACACAGUGUACGUGGUGGAGGACAGGAGAAGAGACGACACAGGAGACACGUGCCUGACAGCCUGCUGGACAGCUCUGUGUUGCUGCUGUCUCUGGGACAUGCUGACAUAACUACUCCCCAACUGGUCGCCUCCCGUUGCCCCCCCCAUUUCUGUGCCUCGAGCCCCAUCACCCUCUCCCCCCAUCUGCCUUAAAAACCUCGCACUCCCUUAAAACCAGCCCUCCAUUUCCUCUACAAGUCUUUUUACUCGUCUAUAAAUCAAAGCCUCGAUCCUUUAUGGAAGUCUCUGUCCAGAGCCACUUUACUCUACCACCUUGAUGUAAAUCCCUCAGCACUGACUAACCCUGUCCAGGGGGGCUACGCCGUAGCAGCUUGUCCUGAGCUUCUAAACAUAAACCUGCUCUUCGCUGUAAUCUUACACCAACACACUCACACCGACGUAGACACACACACACACACACACACACACACACACACACACACACACACACACACACACACACACACAGUAUACUCGGAUCUCAGGCUCAUCUAGUGUGAGGCUCUUUGGCACUUUAUGACGAUUACCUCUGUAAGAUACUACUCCUGCCUGCCCUGUCUACCAUCCUCCCCGACCUCUCCUUCAGCUGCGCUAUACUUCCCAUCGCCAAGGGCAACCCCUUAACCUGAAACCUGCCCCCUUCCCCCUCCCCCACCACCACCCCGGCUCUGUUAAUGAGCCACAGGGCGCUGUUAAAGAAGCUGAUGCUUGAAAUGUUCCCCUUUCAUUUGCACACAAGCUGUUUUUUGCCGAUGUUUUUUGUCUUCAGGUGGAAUCAUAUGAAUGCAUUUUUAAAAGACGACGGUGAUUUAUGUUUGAUUACUGUUCAACAGUCGAUGGCCACAAUGUUGUUCUUCUUCAUGAUCUUGAUAUGAAACAAAUAUUCCAAUAUUAUUUUUAAUACAUACCUUGGAGAUAAAACUGAAAAUAUGUAAAAAAAUAAAAAUAAAAAAAAGGAAAAAAAGUUGUGAUUGCUUAAAAGAAGAAACUUAAUCUGUCAGAUGCCUUUUUUGCUUUGGAUGAGAAACUUGCAUUAAAAUAAUUUAUUCCCAUGAAA